AUGUUUGUUCACCCAUCUGGUGGUGACGUUUCUGUUGGUCCUGACGCUGGUGGUGGUGUACUUUGUGCACCUGUGCCUGGUACGGCACGGCGCUGGCGAUGCGUUCAGUUUGUUACAGAAGCAGAGCAGGCUGCAGCAUACCACGUGGGCAUGGUUUAUGUGGGUGGCGGUGGCGGCGGGAGCGAGGGGAGGCGCUGCGUGUGUGGGUGCGUGGUGGUGCGUGCGCGCUGGUCGGCGGCGCCCGCGCGUUGCGUCGCCGCGCGCACUCACCCCGCCCUCGCCACGUUACUGCCCUCAUGGAGCGCUCGUGUGACGGAUAGGACGGGCCGACACAUAGAAACUAGCAUCAUUAGAAGCGUGGUCCACUCGCAUUUCAACAGAGAUGAUUCACUAAACGACAUCGGCUUGUUCCAGCACAAGGAUUCUAUUGAUAUCGAAAAUUAUCACUAUGGCAUGUUGUGGAGGGCGCGAGCGUCGCCGGUGUCGCGGGAGGUGUGCCGUCACCACGUGGCACCGGUCAUGGAACUGCGCGACCACGAGCUGUGCGUCACACUGGACACCACUCCACCGCAAGCGCUGCUCGGUGUCGGUGCGGCGCUGGUGGUGGACUCGUACGUCAUAGGGUUCUACUCGUGGGGGAGCGAGCGCGGCGACUUGCCUCUUAUUAUAUUGAAUAUGGCACACUACCAACGAUGGAUAGAAAACAUUGUUAACUAA